GGGGGGGGGGGGGGGGUUUGUCUGUCUGUCUGCAAGCAAAUGACAACUCUCUUGCGUCGCAUCUUUCCUCCACUCCGCUGGAGUCAUCAUCAUCAUGGAAGCCGAGGUCUAUGAUAAUCUCAACCUGCAGGACAACUGUCUCGUCCGCUCUUGCCUCUCCAAAUUCGGUGCAGAGAAGGAGUACGUAAAAUUCAGCGGGUAUGUAGUGAAAUUCUAUGGUCCUUUUAGCGUGAACAAGUUUCUGCAAUGGCUGAGGAUGGGGACGAGAGUGCUUCUCAUCACUAACGCCGCUUUGUACAACCUCAAGGGUGACAACUUCGACUGCCAUCGCCGUCUCCCUCUCUCCAAAAUCUCGUCGAUCAUCCGAUGCUACCUCAGGCAACAAUUUAUUAUCAAAGUGAAACGGGAGAAAGCGCGCAGCUAUUUGAGUGAGGAAGUAAGUGUGAUCUGCGACAGUAUCCGAUUUGCUCAAGCGGUCAAGUGCCAUGCAGCAUGCCCAAUAACAUACAAGAAGAAAAAAGAGUUGAACAACUUUGUGCUGCGCAUGGCGAAGCACACCCUCAAUAGAAUAAACGCCAAGGAAGAUAAGACCCGGAAAAAAAUUGUCAUCGAUAAUGUGGACGGCGUUAGCGAACGCGUUGAAACGAUGGAUGCUGAUUCUGUCAUCGCCGAGUACCUCCGAAGGGUACAGGGCCCAAGCGAAGCCAACGGAGUCGGAGUGAGCAGGAGCAAGCUUUUACACUGAGGAAUAAAGUUAAGGAGAGUAGUUCGAAGGGGAUCUUGGCCUGAAACAUCCGACACAAUCCAUGGAAGUAGCUAACUAAGGGAGGGCAUGAACACCCCAAGAAGCUUGGCACAGCAGCAGCAGGGUGGUGGUGAGGAAUCCCCCUCCCCAGCGUGGGAGAAGCAGCGUCUCAGCGGGGGGGUCUCUCUUUCUUCUUCACUGUCUUCUUCGCUGGCUGGCUGUGGUGGAGGGAUCGGGCACUAGUAAUGGAGACGGCAACCCGGGCAAGAUGAUCUGACCCCAUGGCCUUCCCAGUUAGAUCCGCAGUUUGUAGCCCCCGAGUUAGUCAGUCAGUCAGUUAGUUAGUUGUGGGUCCACCCACCCACUAGGGGGGACUGCGGCGGAACGGGAAUUAUUGCCCGUGAAUGCAAGCCAGGCCCAACCAAGCAGUCCAGAGUAUGGCUGGGCGAGAGAGAGAGAGAGAGCUUUGUGGCUCUUCCCGUCCCCCUCCCCGUCCCGUCCCAUGCCUCCCCCUCUCUCCCUUAGUAAGCAUUUUGACUUCUUCCCUUCCCUUCUUCAUCCUCAUCAUCCUCCCCCUUCUGCAUUUGGUAUGGAUGAUUAUCAUCUAUGACGAAGCUUCUGUUUAUUACCUGUUUUUAUCCUUGUAUCCACUUCUAUGGUGUGUGUGUGUUCCUCACUCACUCUAAGCCACUAUUUUGGAUACUAUAAUUUUCAAUUGUAGAAAUCUUCUGAUGAAAAACAUGUAACAAAAAUGAUGUACUAUAUUU